AUGGGAUAUUCGGUUUGCUUGUACCUACACCAAGUAAAUAAAUUGGUCUCAGACGAGAGAUUACGAAGUCACAGAGCGAUCAAAGUUGAGGAGAGAGGCUGCGUUCAGGGAUAAAUUAGGACUUUGAAUAUGCAUAUUAUAUCAUCGUGUUUCACAUUAACGCAUUCAACGGGAUAACGAAUGUGACCGACGUAAUUUCAAACAGAUACGCGAAGUUUUCAAUUGUGCGUUAAUAUUUCAGGGAGCAGAAGAUACGACUUCGAAGGUUGUGACGCGUUAAUAAUUUCUUUUCGUUUUAAACCACAAGUUCGCCAUGAAAAAUGAAAUAUUCGUAGGAUGAACGACGUAACGUGCAAAUUCUCUCUUACUUUUUAUUUUCAAUUUAUCGUCAGUUUCCUGUUUGUUAAUCUACCAUCCUCUCCAAAGAUAUCAACAUUGAACACUGACCGAUUCGACUCGACAAUCUGUCGAGAACUUGCCUGAAAUCGCAAUCGGUUUUUCUAUUACUCGAGAGAGGGAGGAUGAUCGCCACGAUCUUUCUGUUUCAGAUAAUCACGGAUCAGCUGAAGAGCGAAGAGGUGAACACAAAAGUGACGAACGACUGGAAGUUCGCGGCGAUGGUGAUCGACAGAAUGUGCCUAAUCAUUUUUACUCUGUUCACCAUCAUCGCAACCAUCACCGUCCUACUGUCGGCGCCGCACAUCAUCGUCACCCGACUCAAAACAUCGGCGGUCGACGAGGAUCGUGCGUUGCGCAUCGGUGCGGACGGCGAGGAACGCGAACACGACGACGACGAUGACGACGACGACGACUAUUACUACUACUACUACUACUACUACUACUACUACUGCGACAAUGACGAUGACGACUAUCACGACCUGUUCCAUGCUAGGAUUACGCGAACAACGUUCACAACGAUGUUUCUCCUACGUUUGGAUGUCCAACUGAUCGGAAGUCGAGCCUCAGAGUCGUGCGUUGUUACGGCUGGUUUUUCGAGUUUCCGGUGA